CAUAUACCACUUCCCCUCCCUCCUUCAUUGCUCUCUGUAUUAGUCCCUUGUAAAAUCAUUUUCUCUUCUUAGUUACCGUUUAGUUGUUGCCAGCAAGUGCCGUUCAAUCAAAAUCGAGCAUGAAAAACGUGGUGGUUCUUUUUGUGUUUGGUGCCAUUUUGCCAUUUUCACUGGGUCAAUCUAGGCCAAAAGUGAGCAUAAAGAAGCAAUUUUUACCUGUAUACUUGGGGGACACCAUAGUACUCACCUGCUCAGGAGGAGGCAGCGUCAAAUGGUAUUUCGAUGGUACUGUAAUCCCAGAUCAAACGCAACAAAACUAUAUCGUCACCAUAAAGUCUAUUAGUGAACAAGGCCAAUAUGUGUGUGUGAGGAAUGGAAUUAGGAGUAAAGAACUUCAGCUCAAAGUUGAAGACGCCUUUCCUCCAGAGAUCCUAGUCAUUCAGUCUGGAGAUUCAGUGGUCUAUAAAGAUGACUCUGUUCAUCUAGCCCUUUAUGUGGACAACGACUGGCAGAAUUGGACCUGUUAUGUGUAUAAACACCAGCGUCUUUACCAUGUUAUAAUAAAAGAUUACCCAGAAACUGGCCCUUUGGAGUUCAUGACGUCCUCUGUGGAGAAGACCUCAGAACCAUAUAUUUAUUGGUGUAAAAAUAAGAUCACAAACACGAGAAGCAGCACUGUUGUACUCUCAGUAACCGAUCUAAUGGUAAAACUUGUGCCUCACCCUGAUCUGGCAGAACUGAGAAAAGAUUUAGAACUGGAAUGUGUUACACAUGGCGCACCAAAGACAAAAAAUGUUAUUUUCUAUAAAGACGGUAAAGCAAUGCAUCCCCAAAACAAUGUGAAAUAUCUGAUUGAGAAUAUGACAAAGAUCGACGAAGGAAACUACGAAUGUGAAGCUACCUACACGUUCCAAGCGAGUACCAGCAAAAGCGAGUUCACUGUCAAAUCUGUGCCUCAGGAAGUCGUUGGCAUAGAAAUAACUCUAGAGGCAGCCAUGUCAUACACAUCAGGGAAUCCUGUGUGCACUUGCAGCAAAUGCAAGCCUGAGGGCAAGGCUGAAUUCUACCAGACUGAAAAUGGUCGCUAUAAAAAAGUUAAAAAUACAACCCUAUCCCAGGGGAAGUACGCCUGUAGAGUUCGCUGGGAUACCGGAGCCUCCUCAUUCAGUCUGCCAUUGUCUGUUGCAGUGUCAGGAAAUGAAGCUCGUUCCAAUACAGGUGUAAUCGUGGGGGUCAUGGUGCUCAUUUUGAUUGUAAUGGGGCUCAUCUUCACCGUGGGAUAGUUCUGCUGGAACAGAAGACAUAAGCAAAAGUGUGGUCUGUCAUCAGUGGGUUACAUGGGAAGUGGCAUUUGCACGUCUGCGGUGCGUGAAUCCAGUGUGUGUGACACAAACACAUGAAUAACAGUGUGUAAGUGUUAAAGAAAAGAUGUGGCUAUUGAGUAAGGAGCCAAUCGUGUGAUCAUACGUUUCUUUCUUUAUUUCAUUAAACUUCCACAUGUACAUUUAACUAUACAAUUACAAGAAUCACAUAAAGUGCAUUUCUGCUUUGAUAUUGCAUUUUAAUCAUUCAUCAGUUCAGUUAUAUGCUGAAAACAUAAAUUUAACAGUUUAUUAUUCAGUAUUGGGUUUAUACUUUAAAUGCAUAUUUUGGUAUAGAUGGCUACAGUAGAUAUAUAUACCAGCUUCAUCAGACAUACCAUAUUUCUAUUUUAAAAUUUAUCUAUGCUGAAUGACCAUAAAAAAACUUCAUUCUUCAAUCCAUCCAUUUUACAAACUGCUUAUCCUACAGGGUUGGGGGGGUCUGGAGCCUAUCCUGGAAUCAAUGGGCACAAGGCAGGGAAUAACCCAUGAUGGGGGGGCCAGUCCAUUGCAGGGCACACACACACACACCAUUCACUCACACAUGCACACCUAUGGGCAAUUUCGCAACUCCAAUUAGCCUCAGCAUGUUUUUGGACUGUGGGGGGAAACCAGAGUACCCGGAGGAAACCCCAUGAUGACCUGGGGAGAACAUGCAAACACCGCACACAUGUGACCCAGGCGGAGACUCGAACCACUGCACCACCAUGCCACUCCCGCAUAAUUAAUCAGUUUAUAGACAAAUAUAAAAAAUAUAAUUUUUUGCUACCUAGCAUUAAGCAGCUAAUUGAGUAUGUUUGUGCGAAUUGAAUGAUAUAUGAUAUGUAAAAAUAUAUUUUUUUAUUAAUGAAAUGCCAUCCCUUAUUAAACAAUAUAUAAAAUUCUCUAGUUUGGUGAAA